GGAGAAUGGGCGUGGACCUAGAUCGACCCGACCCGUUUCGGUCAGCCGAAGAGAUUGUAUGGUUCGAGAGAUCAUCAUCUUUUCUGAAGACUUUUCCGGGCGCUCCUUCUCCUCUCUUCAGCAACAUCGAAAAUCAUCAGAUUAUGGACGACAUGGACAUUGAUGACAUGGUUAUACCUGACACACCCCCUCCUGAAAGAUUAGCUGCCAGACAUGGUGUUUGCAGGGACUCUGUCGGUAGAGUUUGUAAUUCGCCAUUAGCUAACAAGUUGAUUAAUUCAGACUUUGCUGAUGAGAAAUCUGGGAAUGGAUCAGGGGUCAAGGAGAGAUUCAUCUAUGAAAAUGAUCACAGUAAAAGAGUUGUUAUUCGCCCUCCAAGAAGUUCUAGUCUUGCGAUUGAUAAUGGCUCUUCUGGAGCCAAUUCAUAUGCUUCCCAGAAUGCUCACCUCUAUAGGACACCAGCUGUGGGCAGAAACUCUAGUUGUGAGACCAAACAUUCUUCUGGGACUGAAAAUUUUGACAGAGGGAAGUCCUUAAGCAUUAAGACAUUGUCUAAAUCUGCUUUCCCAGAAAAUACUGAAGUUCUUGAUCUACCUGAACAUAAUAGUCACUCCCAGUUACACAGAAAAGUAUUUCCAUAUGGAAAACUAGAAGAUGUUGCUCAAGGCACAAGAAAUCAGCAGAUCAUGUCAGUUGGCAGUUCUGCAGAUUGCUCUACAAAUUAUUCGGAGAGAUCCAGAAAUGCAAGCAAAGCUAAGGAAAAAAUAGAUGGCAGUACAUUUGAUGGUGUGGGAUUAGCUUCACCUAUGGGAAAAAGGGUUGAUCUGCCUACUGAGCUUCAACAUAAAGCAGAGCAUCAAAAACCUAUGACGCUUCAUUCUUUUACUCUGCCAAGAGUCAGUGGCCAGAAAAGGUUGGUAAGGAAUGGUUGUAUUUCCCCACAUAACAUAGCAACGAGGUCUAAACAAUUAGGGAUAGAGAACACUACAAGUUCCAAGCAUAAUGAACACAGUAAUGAUGUUGAUGCGGUUUCCAGUGGUUCACCAUAUGUCAUAGAUGCAAGUGAUGUCGCCACUGAAGACAAAAAGAGGGAAAGAGCAAAAGGGAAAGGUGUAAUGGUUCAACCUUCUAUACCGAAGGAGAAUAAUUCAAGAGUUGUUGAUACAUCAACCAGUCUUCUGAAUGAUGAUAUCGAAGCUAACAGAACCAGACAUGUUGGCAGAGAUGGAUGCUCUGAAGGAAUAGGUGGCUGGAGAAGUACUCGUAAUCGGUUAAGGACAAUGGAUCCUCUUAUAUCUGAUUCUACUGAGUAUCUUCCCAGAACAUAUCUUGGUGCUGGAAAUUUUGUAAAUCAACAUGGAAGCAGAGUAAAGAGGGAGGAUACUUGGAAGGAAGGGAACUAUAUAAACUUUUCAAACGAUCUGAGUUUAAAUCAAACAGCUUCAACAGUUGUAUCUGAGCCAGGUCAGAUGGCUGGACAACGUCGUGAAGGAAAGAGAGCCAUUAGAAGGGAGAAGAAACGGGGAUCAAGUAUGGGUCAUCAUGGUGAAGGCUCUACAUUGGAUAUUGGUGACUCUGACAUUAUGUUUCUUGGUUCAUCUGAGACAUCUGAAAGUUUAAAUUCAUCCAGGAUUCGCAGACCUCAGUCUCAGGGAAUGUUGAGGCCAGUUAUUGAAGUUGAUGAGUUGUCACCUGUCACAGGUCUCUCUGACCCUCAAGGUCUCAAUUCCAUGAAUGAUGAUUUGGAGGCCAAGGCAAGGCAACUAGAAGCCGAUGAGAUGUUGGCACGUGAACUGCAGGAGCAAUUGUAUCAUGAGACACCUGCUUUUGGUGGCAGCGAGCAGAUUGAUGAACAUCUAGCUUGGGCACUGCAGCGGGAGGAGAAUGUUUUAAACACUUCAUCUAGUGGAAGACAUAAUAUACCUCAUAGUAGAGGCUUCACGACAUUGAAUUCUCAUAGACAGCCUCAGUCACAGUCUUCUCAAAAUCCAUCAGCUAGAAGAGGAGCCCAGGCUCGAGUUCCCAGCUCUUCUACAAUGACACAGUUAAGGAACCGCCUUCGAAACCAGUCUACUAGAGGACCGAAUAGAAGAAGGAACGUGCGAGUUCCUUUUCCUUCUGACAUGGAUCUAGAUAUGAGACUUAAUAUACUUGAAGCUUUAGAGACUGCUGUUGGGGAUGUUAGAGAUGUGGCAUUGAAUAAUCAUAUGUUUCAACUGCAGCGGGAUUUCAAUGCCAAUGAUUAUGAGAUGUUAUUGGCGCUUGAUGAGAACAAUCAUCAACUUGGUGGUGCAACAUCUAAUCAAAUUAAUAAUUUGCCUCAGUCUACAGUACAGACUGAUGCUUUUGAGGAAGCUUGUGCAAUCUGUCUUGAAACACCAGCACUCGGAGAAACAGUCCGUCAUCUUCCUUGCCUGCACAGAUUUCACAAAGAUUGCAUCGAUCCAUGGCUCAACAGAAAAACUUCGUGCCCAGUCUGCAAGUGUUCGAUCAGUUAGCUUAGUGCUGUGAUUCGAUGCUCAGGACAUCUUGUAAUAACAGAAUAUCUUGCUACUGCAACCAGUAGUCUUCUGGGAUGAGGGUACAACGGUAGCUCUGGACAUAACCAUUGGUAAAUUGAUCCUGGUGCUGAGAUGAUUCGAGAAUACCAACAAGCUUUUGAUAUGAAAGUCCUGAUUAGAUAGUACAUAUGUAACCCAUAGUUAUUUAAUUUUUUGGCAAUGUGAGCCGAGAUGCUUGUUCUACUUCAUUCUAGGCCGAGAUUGUUUCUUGGUAGAUUCUGCUUCAAUCAAAUGGGGUUGUCAUUCAAAUUUAAGGUGAUAUUGUUACUUGAUCUAAAAUGGAAUGAGUUUCAGCGUCUUUCAGGGAAAAGUGGUUGUCAUAAGAUGAGAACGUAAGCAGCGAACAAUUAUACUGAAUUUCUGAUAUACAAUUAUACAUACCUCUGCAGUCUUCAAAAGUAUUGGCUUUUAAACUACCGACCAAAUUUGUUCUCUUCCAUUGAAAAUCCGAAAUCUAUCUACACCAGGAAACCCCUAACAGAAAGAAAACUUGAUAUGUAUUGGGAACAGACGUUGCAAAAAUGGGAGCUGAAGCAAAUUGUAAGAAAGGUAUACUGACAAGGACGUCAAACAAUGAGAUUAAGGACAGUCGAUCACGCCCAGUUCAUUUCAAAGCACAGGUAUGUCAGAU